CACUCAACGCAUAGACACUCAACAGAGAAUUCUGUACAUAAAUAUCAUCCCCAUGACCCAAUUUUAUGACAUGACCAUGUACCAUCUGCCCAAGAUUGGGCUCAUGGAAAUCAGCCAAGGACUUAUAAACAGGAAAGGAAACGUAUAGUUAUUGGGCAAAAUUGAGUUUUUAUGCAUGUGUGUGUAUAUAGAGAAAUGUCUGGGAUUUUGGAAUGACAAAGGGAUCUGAUGACGGAGUUGCAGAAGAAGACAUGCGGUUCUGGGUGGUGGGUGAGCACAAAGUGAGCAUUUUUCAAGAGGCCAGGAGCAAGGCAAGACUUGAUGAAGCUGUUGGCAAUGGUGGGGUUAGUAUGGAGGUUUUGGAGGAUGAGUUAGAGCAAUUUAACAAAUAAGGACAGAACUUUCUGACUUAUAACAAACAAGGACAGGGUCGUUACACUUGGAUUUUUUGCCUUUAUUUACGUUGGAUCUAAAGGUCAGGCAAAAUGAUUUCCUUCUAAGAAGUGGCUGGUAUGUAAGUGCUUGUGCACUUCUGUUUUCCUUUUGUAACUUGAGUUCCUAUUAUUACGAGUGUUGUUGCGUGGAAAUCGUGAAAAUUAUAAAAUAGUUACGAGUCUUGCAGAAUGAGCUGUCUUUGACACAUGGUCGUGACUGCCAAAGUCAACUUGGGAUGAUUUGUUGAUUUAGUGAACGUUUUACUGGCUGUAGUUAAGAAGCAUUAAUUAGGGGCAUACAAUUACACCUAACAAGGUUGAUAAUUUGUUAAGCAUCUUUCAUAAUUAGCUGUCUCUCUCAUUUUCCUGAAUCUUAUCCUGUUGUUUGAUGCAGAUUGAUUGAAGCAGUUAUCCAAUCAGUGAAUAACCUCCCUGAAAAGCUUCACCAGUCAAUUUUUCAUUUUAGGGUUCGCUUGGUUACCACUUCCCUAUAAAGUAUUUCCUGUGAAGUCAACACUUUUUUGGAGCCAAUUUGGUCUCGGAAAGGUUUUUUAGAGGCACAAAAAUAAUAAAAUUAUAGUUUGUUAUAAUUUUGUAUAUGGUGGUUAUAAAGUGAAGAUAGUUGUUUAUAAUGAAACUAGUUUUUUUUUGCCCGUGUGUUGCACGGGUGUGGUUUUUUUUUUUUCAUUUAUCUUUAAUUGUGUGUUUUUUUUUUUUAUUUGGUAGAUUAUAUUUAUGAAAUAUCAAUGAUAUAACAAAGAAUGAAUAUUCAU